GCAAAGUGUCAGAAAAACACGAAAUCUUUGCCGAAAACCAGCAGAUGUAGCACAUUGUUAACUUCCUAAACAGCAUGGAGGAUCAUAACAGUCUUUAGCGAACAUAAGUUACAUCCUCGAGUGAUAUCUUCAGUGUGUCUGUUGGGGCAGUGAUAUAAAGCUGAGCAGGUGCAGUGUCUGAGUUCCAUCGAGGUGUUGGCUGUGGGCCGUCAGCAGGACACAUGGCAGAGGAAGGCAACAAGCUGACACUGAGGCGCCUGGAGGCACCAAUCCACAAGUUCAUUAAAGUGGCUCUACCCACGGACCUGGAGAGGCUGCAGAAACACCACAAUAACAUACUGAAGUACCAACAAAGCCAGCAAUGGGACCGGCUUCAUCUGGAGCAUAUAAAUGCCAGCAGAACGGUUCAGCAGUUGAGAGCUAACGUCAGAGAGAUGGAGAAGCUGUGCACACGAGUUCGCGCCGAAGACGCUGACGCUUUGGAAGCGCUUGUCAGGCCGGUCAGAGAUCGGGCAUCAGCCGCCGCAAGAGACUUCCUGCUUUUGCACUCUAACCCCGUGCCGCAGCCGCAGACUGCGCCAGCAACACCACCUGCCGCUCAGCCGUCCAGCUGUGUGUCCAGCAGUUGCCACGCUGAUGACAAUAUGUGCGAUAAGCCAGUGUAUAGCAGGCAAAUCCAGCUUUACCUUCCAGAAAUCCCUGCGGAUCAGAAUGCGGCUGAGUCCUGGGACAACCUGGAAGAGGAUCUGAAGGAACUGAGUGGUUUGGUGACGGAGUUCUCUCUGCUCGUCCACUCCCAGCAGGAGAAGAUUGACAGCAUAGAAGACAGCGUCAACACAGCCACUGCCAACGUGGAGGAGGGGACCAAGAGCCUGGGGAAGGCGGUUGGCUACAAGUUGAUGGUGUUGCCGGUUGCCGGGGCGUUGCUGGGCGGUGUGUUAGGAGGUCCACUUGGCCUGCUGGCUGGAUUCAAAGUUGCAGGGCUGGCUGCGGCUCUGGGAGGGGGGGCCCUGGGCUUCGCAAGCGGAAAACUGGUCCAGAAACACCGCAAAGCCCGGGUGGAUGAACAGAUGAAACAACUGACAGCGCCGGAGUCAGACAAAGACAAAUGACCCCACAGCUCUGGCUCGGCCUCGGACUCCAAGUUCCCGACUAUUUGCCGAAGCGCCAGUGUUGACCGACCAAUCAGAAGCACAGACUGGAACUCAGGCGGCGUCACGGUGCCUGACAGACUCAACAUGAGACGUCACCGGGCUUUGCUGGAGACUGUUUGCACGGUUGUAAAACAACUCUGCAAUAACAGCCGGAUGGUCAGGUGUGCCGGGUCCGCCUGUGAGGACGUCCAUCUCACUUUCGACACACAUUAUUUUUUAAUUCUGAAGCCGUUUUCACGACAUAUUUUAGUGUGUCUUUGUCAGCAUGACGUCACAUCUGUUCACUAAAACACAUGUGUGUGUUCGGUCGAAUGCCAUCACGAAAGCCUCAGUCAUACUGUGGUGCCGACACUCGUAACCCCUGUGGAUGCGUCGAGCAUCAAUCAUGCCGAUUAUUAGAACGUCGUUUGUUCCUCAAGCUAGCAGCUUUUGUCAACAUUAUUCUUCUUCAGCACAUUAUGCAGAAAAUAAUAUCCCAGUGUGAACAGCUGCACAACUGAUGAUUACAAUGAUAUGUGGUGAAAGUCUUUUAAGUAGGUAUGCUUCAAUGUUUGCAUUAAUUAUACGGUUUAAAGUUACUUACUGUACUGCUUUUGCAACUUGUGAGAGCAAAACUGCCCAUAAAGCACCAAAGUGCAUCAAUCCAGAUCCCUUCAGGGACUGGAGUGGAACAAACUGCCAUGUACCGAUGAUACCGAUGCAAAUAAUGUUUCUUUUCAAUCAGGUUAUUCCUUGGAUACAUAUCACACAGUUCAGAGACACUGACAUACAAAACAUCAGACAACAGUAUUCUGUAAAAUGUUUUUUAAUUUACCUUUUCAUUUUUGAACUCUUCUUCCCCCUCUGAGAUGACUGGUCUAGAAGCUACAGGGGGUAUGUGGGCUGAUAUGUCACUAAGCAGGCCUCUGUAGGCCUCUAUGGAAGGACAGGGAUGCACAGUACUAACUUAGCAAUGAACUCUGAAUCUGGCUUCCGCUUCUGGAUUAAUUCACACUCGGAGCGUCUCAGGGAACUGGACUUGAACCAAAACCUCGAAAGACGUAUAAAGAGACAAAACCAGUUUUAAGAGAAGUUGUAGAAUGUGGCAGACUGUAAAUGUCCACCGGUCAUCACGUGGGUUUCCCCCUCUCGUCUCGGCUCUUUAAAACACGGAAGGAUGCAGUUGUUUCUCCCCCCGCAUGACGACACAUUUGACAGGUAAAAGCAAAAACAGCCAUUUCAUAAAUUUUGAAUAAUUUGAAAGUACAUU